GGCAUCUGUGUAGUUCCUUCCACGGACACGGUUGCAGUCACAGUCACCCGUCACCCGUCACCACACACGUUUCUCUUUCCCGGGCGCCUUCUCCUUCGAAUCUAUUUUUCAAUCACGCUGUCGCUAGGGUUUCCUCGCACCUUCCAAUCCAAUUCUCAAAAUCUUUCUUCAAUGGAUUCGAUACAGAACAGAGUAGAGGCAUGGAUCAGAGAUCAGAGAGCCAGGAUCCUCAAGGUAUCAUGGGGGCCACUGCAGUGGAGAAUGCGGUGGCCUCCGUGGAUCAACGGAGACGAAAGAGAACACAGAAAGAGAAUUCAACAAGAGUACGAACUCAGGAAGAAACAGCUUCACGAUCUCUGUAAUGCCGUCAAGGCUGAGUCCGUUGCCGAUUUGCAGGACAUUCUAUGUUGCAUGGUACUCUCUGAAUGCGUCUACAAGAGACCUGCUGAUGAGAUGGUUCGAGUUGUGAAUAAAUUUAAGGCUGAUUUUGGAGGGCAAAUCGUUGCUCUGGAACGCGUGCAGCCGUCUGCAGAUCACGUACCUCACAGGUACUUAUUGGGAGAAGCAGGCGACACAUUAUUUGCUUCAUUUAUUGGAACAAAGCAGUACAAGGAUGUCAUGACCGAUGCAAAUAUACUGCAAGGUGCUAUAUUUCAUGAGGAUACUGUCCGGAUGGAUGCUGUUGAAUCUGGCCAAUGUGAAAACCAGAAGGAUAGUGGUGAAAAUUGUUUGAAUGAUUCCCAAUCAAAACCAAAACAACUAAAAGAUCAAAUUAAGCCUGCUGCCCAUCGAGGUUUCAUGGCUCGUGCUAAGGGGAUUCCUGCUUUAGAAUUGUACAAGCUUGCUCAGAAGAAGAAUCGAAAACUUGUAUUAUGUGGACAUUCACUCGGUGGAGCUGUGGCAGCUUUAGCUACCCUUGCCAUUCUGAGGGUCAUUGCUGCAUCCUCACCAUCAAAAGAAAAUGAAAGAAUCCAGGUUAAAUGCAUCACAUUUUCUCAACCCCCAGUUGGGAAUGCUGCUUUACGAGAUUAUGUCCAUAAAAAAGGCUGGCAACACCAUUUUAAGAGUUACUGCAUACCAGAGGAUUUGGUGCCCCGCAUCCUGUCUCCUGCUUAUUUUCAUCAUUAUAACGCUCAACCUUUGUCAAACGCCGAGGUUGAAAGUUCCAGUGGAAUUACGUCAAAACAUGAGGAAAGAACAGAAAAACCAAGGGCACAGAAGCCGAAAGAGAAUGAGGGGGAGCAGUUGGUUAUGGGCUUAGGCCCUGUGCGGACUUCUUUUUGGAGACUUGCAAAACUUGUGCCUUUAGAAGGUUUUCAAAGGCAAUUUAAUAAAUACAAUGGAAAACAAGUUGAUCCUAUAGAAGCAACCUCAGCAGCUAAUUCUGUAAGACCUUCAAUUGAGAAUGUAGCUGAACCACAAUCUCUUGAAAUCCAAGAGGGUUCUGAUGGCAUAUCUCUUAAGCCAUUAUCUGACAAUAAUAAUGGGCUACCAAACGAGGCAAUGACUGGAAAAGUGGCUGAAAAAACUAAUGCUAAAAGUGAGAAUAAAAGGAACUGGAAUAGAGUACCUUAUUUGCCUUCAUACGUCCCAUUUGGUCAGCUCUUUCUCUUGGGGAACUCAUCAGUGGAAUUACUGUCGGGUACAGAGUACUCUAAAUUGACAUCGGUCAGAUCUGUGAUUGCUGAGCUAAGGGAACGACUUCAAUCACAUUCAAUGAAGUCAUAUAGGUUUCGAUUUCAAAGAAUAUAUGAUAUGUGCAUGGGGGAUGGCACAUCAUCUUUCCUAGGAAUUGAGCAACUGCCUCAAUUUCCGCAUUUGCAACAGUGGCUUGGGCUUGCAGUUGCCGGUGCUGUAGAGCUUGCACAUAUUGUGGAUUUACCAGUUAUUCGCACAGCUACUUCAAUUGUUCCUCUUGGAUGGAGUGGUAUUCCUGAUGAUAAGAAUGGAGAGCCCUUAAAAGUUGAUAUCACGGGUUUUAGGUUGCACCUUUGUAAUCUGGUUCAUGCUCAAGUAGAUGGUAACUGGUGUUCAACUACAGUGGAGUCAUUUCCUUCAGCACCCAGCUACUAUUCAAAUAAUGGAUCACAGCCAGAAUUACAAAAGAUAAGGGUCUUAGUUGGGGCACCACUGAGACGACCACCAAAGCACCCAAUAGUAACAGAUUCUUUUAUGCCUGUUUUUCCUUCUAUUGAUUCAGAUGCUGUGAAUCUUAUUAAAGAAAAUAGUUCAGGAAAUGAUGAGAAGUUCCUCCAACCAGAUGGUUUGAGUGAUUUUUGUAUUUUUUGUACAAGUGAUUUUGCAACUGUCUCAAAGGAGGUCCAUGUCAGAACACGUAGAGUGCGCUUACUUGGUCUUGAGGGUGCGGGUAAAACUUCUCUUUUCAAGGCUAUUAUGGGUCAAGGCCGACUAACCACCAUUACCAAUUUUGAGAAUAUUAGUUUAGAGGCUGAUAUUCAAGAAGGUGUUGCUGGUGGUGUAUGCUACUCAGAUUCAGCUGGAAUAAAUUUGCAGGAGCUGCAUAAGGAAGUCUCUCGUUUCAGGGAUGAACUGUGGAUGGGAAUUCGUGACCUUGGUAGGAAGACAGAUUUGAUAAUUCUUGUGCACAACCUCUCCCAUAAGAUUCCUCGUUGCAGUAAACUGAAUGCAUCACAGCAACAGCCAGUCCUUUCACUUCUAUUAGAUGAGGCUAAAGUUCUUGGAAUUCCUUGGGUUAUUGCUGUAACAAACAAAUUUUCUGUGAGCGCACACCAACAAAAGGCAGCAAUUGAUGCUGUUUUGCAGGCGUACCAAGCAUCUCCAAAUACUGCAGAAGUUGUCAAUUCCUGUCCCUAUGUCAUGUCCAGUGCAGCAAGUGCCUCAUUGUCAUUGACUGCAACUAAUGGAGAUUCUUAUGGGACAACAGGUGCUCAAAAGCUUAGUUUUGAUCCAAUUAAUCUGGUCCGGUGGCCAUUUCAGAAACGAGACACCAUUUUUGCUGUUGAGGGUGUGAACUCACUUUGUCAACUUGUCCACCGUGUGCUGCAGAGCCAUGAAGAGGCCUCUUUACAGGAAUUUGCUAGAGAUAGGCUUUUGGCAGAGCUGGCACGAGAACAUGCACUGGCAAUAGAUGCCAGUCGAAACUCUAAAGCCAAGGCAUCUUCUUUAACCGCUGCAGCUGUCGGCGCCUCCCUCGGGGCCGGUCUCGGCAUUGUACUGGCUGUUGUUAUGGGUGCAGCAUCUGCUUUGAGGAAGCCCUAAUUUCUUUUAUACUUUCCCAUUAUAUGUGGUGAAAACAUGUGCCUUUCCAUUAUAGCGUAGUGUAAAUGGUAUUUAUCUUAGUUCCGAAGACUUCAGUAUUCGGCCAUUUGUUUAUUCUAGUCAUGUAAAUCCAUCCUUAGAGCUCUUCUUACUUUUAAUUUUUUUUUUUGGACCUUGCACUCCAACACAAUUUUAGUUUUUGUUAUGGGAAAGUUAUUAUUAUAAUAUACGUAUAUGAAGCUGUAUACACUGCCAUUUGUAUUGGUCUUUGCCUGGAUUCCAAAUCAGGGGGUGCAGA